AUGUCGAGGCGCAAGCAGGCGAAACCCCAACACAUCAACUCCGAGGAGGACCAGGGCGAGCAGCAGCCGCAGCAGCCGGCCCCGGAGUUUGCAGAUGCGGCCCCAGCGGCGCCGGCGGCGGGGGAGCCGGGUACUUCAGUGAACCACCCGGCAGCCGGCGAUGACAUGAAUGAGGACCCGGCCGCAGCCAAGAGGCCUCGUCAGGAGGAGACUCACAUCUGUGAGAAAUGCUGUGGAGAGUUCUUCAGCGUCUCUGAGUUCUUAGAACAUAAGAAAAAUUGCACUAAACAUCCACCUGUCCUCAUCAUGAACGACAGCGAGGGGCCGGUGCCUUCCGAAGACUUCUCCGGGGCUGUGCUGAGCCACCAGCCACGCAGUCCCAGCUGUAAGGACAGUCACAGGGAGGAUGGCGGCAGCUCAGGGGACAUGAAGGAGAAGCCAGGGGCGGAGUCUGUCCUGUUCCUAAAGACAGAAACCGCCCUGCCACCCACACCCCAGGACUUAAGCUAUUUACCCAAAGGCAAAGUGGCCAACACUAACGUCACUCUACAAGCACUACGGGGCACCAAGGUGGCGGUCAAUCAGCGGAGCGCGGACGCGCUGCCCGCCCCCCUGCCCGGUGCCAACAGCAUCCCGUGGGUCUUGGAGCAGAUCCUGUGUCUGCAGCAGCAGCAGCUGCAGCAGAUCCAGCUCACCGAGCAGAUCCGCGUGCAGGUGAACAUGUGGGCUGCCCACGCCCUCCACUCCGGCGUGGCGGGAGCCGACACCCUGAAGACCUUAGGCAGCCACAUGUCCCAGCAGGUUUCUGCAGCCGUGGCUUUGCUCAGCCAGAAAGCUGGAAGCCAAGGUCUGUCCCUGGACACCUUGAAACAAGCCAAGCUACCUCAUGCAAACAUCCCUUCCACCACCAGCUCUGUGUCCCCGGGGCUGGUGUCCUUCGCCCUGAGGCCGGACGGGACGAGGGUGCUCCCGAACCGCCUCCCGGGUUUGAUACCUCAGGCCCCGGGCUCUGUGCUCUUCCAGAGCCCUUUCUCCACGGUGGCGUUAGACCCGUCCAAGAAAGGGAAGGGGAAGCCACCCAACGUGUCCCCGGUGGAUGUCAAACCCAAAGACGAGGCCGCCCUCUACCGGCACAAGUGUAAGUACUGCAGCAAGGUUUUUGGGACUGAUAGCUCCUUGCAGAUCCACCUCCGUUCCCACACUGGAGAGAGACCCUUCGUGUGCUCGGUCUGUGGCCACCGGUUCACCACCAAGGGCAACCUCAAGGUGCACUUCCAUCGACACCCCCAGGUGAAAGCAAACCCCCAGCUGUUUGCCGAGCUCCACGACAGAAUGGCCGCAGGCAGCGUCCCCUACGCGCUCCCUGUACCUGUCCCCGUAGAUGAAUCCAGUCUCUCUUUAGACAGCAAACCCGUCCUGGUCACAGGGACCCCCAGUGCAGGGCUACCUCAGAAUCUCUCUUCGGGGACUAACCCCAAGGACCUAAUGGGUGGCCCACUGGCCAACGACCUGCAGCCUGGGCCUUCUCCAGAAAGUGAGGACGGACCCCUGCUCUCUGGGGUGGGGCCCAACCAUAAUCCCCCAAGGGUUGGUGUCUUCCAAGGGAGAGGGACACCCGAGCCAGGGUCGGAGACCCUGAAGUUGCAGCAGCUGGUGGAGAACAUUGACAAGGUCACCAGCGACCCCAAUGAAUGUCACAUUUGCCACCGUGUCUUAAGCUGCCAAAGCUCCCUCAAAAUGCAUUACCGCACCCACACCGGGGAGAGGCCGUUCCGGUGUAAGAUCUGUGACCGAGCCUUCUCCACCAAAGGCAACCUGAAGGCACACUUCGGGGUUCACCAAACCAGCACGUCCAUAAAGACGCAGCAUUCGUGCCCCAUCUGCCAGAAGAAGUUCACCAACGCGGUCAUGUUGCAGCGGCACAUCCGGAUGCACAUGGGCGGUCAGAUUCCCAACACACCGCUGCCGGAGAGUCCCUGCGACUUCACGUGUCCCGAGCUGGUGAUGGUCACAGAGAACGGCAGCUCGGGGGCCACCUGUCAUGACGACGUCGUCGAAAGCAUUGAUGUCGAUGAGGUGGGCUCCCAGGAUGUCCCCAGCAGCUGCUCAAAGGUCCCCGUGCCUCUCUCCAGCAUCCACUCGGCAUCACCCACGCCAGGGUUCGCCACGGGGAAGGUGGGUUCCGCUCCUGUGGUCCUUCAGCGGCAGAACAGCAGAGAGAACGGUUCUGUGGAGAGCGACGGCUUGACCAACGACUCGUCCUCGGUGAUGGGUGACCAGGAGUAUCAGAGUCGAAGUCCAGAUGUGCUGGAGACCACGUCCCUUCAGGCCCUCUCCCCGGCCAAUAGCCAGGCAGAGAGCAGCAAGUCCAAGUCCCCUGACGCUGGCGGCAGAGCGGACAGCUCGGAGAGCAGCCACCCUGAGACGGAAGGUCGCAGCAGCCUGCCGUCAGCAUUUGUCCGAGCCCAGCCAACCUACGUCAAAGUGGAGGUCCCCGGUGCGUUCGGCCCCGCGGCCAUGACCCCGGGCAUGGCGCCCUUGUUGGCCCAGCCCCGCCGCCACGGCAAGCAGCACACGUGCACGCGGUGCGGGAAGAACUUCUCGUCGGCCAGCGCCCUUCAGAUUCACGAGCGGACUCACACCGGGGAGAAGCCCUUCGCCUGUAACAUAUGUACUCGGGCCUUCACCACCAAGGGCAACCUGAAGGUCCACUACAUGACCCACGGCACCAACAACAGCUCCACGCGCCGCGGGAGGAAGCUAGCCAUCGAGAACACCAUGGCUCUUCUGGGAGCAGAUGCAAAGAGGGUCCCAGAGGUGUUUCCCAAGGAAACCAUAGCCCCUUCGGUGAGUGUGGACCCGGUGGUAUGGAACCAGUACACCACCAUGCUCAACGGCGGUCUGGCCAUGAAGACCAACGAGAUCUCAGUGAUCCAGAGUGGGGGCAUCCCUACUCUCCCUGUGUCCCUUGGGGCCAGCUCCGUCGUCAGUAACGCCACGGCCUCCAAGCUGGAUGGCUCUCAGUCGGCUCUGGGUGCCGAUGUGGAAAAGCCGGGUGCUGCGGACAGCGUCCCCAAACCCCAGUUCCCCCACUUCCUGGAAGAAAACAAGAUUGCGGUCAGCUAA